CAAAUCUUGUUUGGUCUGGGUCUGUGAACUUCAGCGUGACUUCUACGACAUACACAGGGGUUAAAAACAACUAUUUCCAAACUUUCAACUGCAUAAAUCCUGCGAAAAUACUACUCAGGAAUAUCAAGCCUGAUAUGUUUGGCUUAAGGCUUUAAAUAAUGCCAUUUGCCACAUUGUUUUAAGUAAAAGGCUAAAUAUACUAGGUAUAUUUAUCAGUUUAUUGUCUUUAAUAUUUGUUACAUUGUAGCCUAUCUUGAGCACUCGAAAACUUCCCAUAACUAAAUUGAAGUCCGUUUUUUUUUAUAGAUUGCAUUGCAGUCGAUUCAACAUUUUGCCUAUAGUGAAAUAAAAAAAAAAUCUUCGUUAUAUUUUCCCCAAGGACAAAAAAUAAGAGACGACGCAUAGCUGCGACUGGUAAUGAUCACCGUAGGUAACAUAAUGUCCGGGGCUCAGGGCUAACCAUGUCAGGUAUUAACAGAGCGAGCGUGAUUAAAUGUGGGAGGUAGGAGCUGCGAGGCUGGCGGAGAGCGCUGCUGCCGCUGCGAGCUGGAAACUACUGAAUGGGAAUCUAUCCGGCAACUUCGGCAGACUGCUGUCUCACGGCGAUACGGAGGCUCUGCGUAAAACCAAGCGGCGCGUCUCCAAGUCUGGGUCAGCCCAACUCACUGACGGAGAGGACGCUGAAGUUGGAUCAGGCGAGCAGCUUUUCACUUGUUACCGGCGCUCGGCUCACACUAACAUGCCUGCCAUCAAAAAGGAGAGGCUGGAUGGAGACGACAUGGCAUUGACUGCGUUCAACCAGUCCGAAUACCUGGCCCCUUUAAAUGCCACCGCUAUCCCCGUGGUGACCCCGCAUCCACCGCCCUACGACCAUAUUUUCGCCCAUCACCGCGCGUAUUUGGGGCUCCACGACUCGGCGCUGCAUCACCAGCACCUCCACCAUCACACGGACGACUUAAUGCUGGAAAGGUUCUCCUCCAUCCCCGACUUUCAGCCCUUCUUCGACAACGGGGAACCGUGCAUCGAGGUGGAGUGCGGGGAAAACAAGGCUUUGCUUUAUAUCAAUAAAUUGUGUCAAGGUAGUAAGGGACCCUCAAUUAAAUACCGGGGCGAGUGGCUCACCCCCAACGAGUUCCAGUUUGUCAGUGGACGAGAGACUGCCAAAGAUUGGAAACGGAGUAUAAGACACAAAGGAAAAAGUCUCAAGACUCUUAUGUCCAAAGGAAUCUUACAGGUGCACCCUCCGAUCUGUGACUGUCCCGGCUGUCGAAUUUCAUCUCCAGUAAACCGCGGGCGCUUGGCUGAGAAACGAACCAUCCCCCUCCCCCCAAACCGGGUGCCCAAGAAGGAGCUGGCCUCCAUCUUCAGCAGUGACGACAGUGAAGGCAGCGAGCGGGCCAGUGGGGAUCAUGCCCACAUCAAACAGGAGGACGAGUUGCAUUACAGUAUCAUGAGAAAGAGUCGUGACGGUGACCUCUCUACAAUCAUCUCCAACCUGCACCACACCAGACAGCACGGCAUGCCCGAGGGCGAGUCAGCCUCCGACCACAACACCACUACUGGACACACAGAUGACCUUCUAGGCAAGAGAAGAAGCUUCUCCCCCAACAGCAGCAGCGAGUGUCCCUCUGACAGCAAGAAGUCACGUAGCGUAUCCCCCAAAGAGAACUCCCAGAGCCCGGUGGUGGAGGCGGGCAGCAGCCACGGCCACAUGAGCCCUGAGGAGCACUACAGGCGCAUGAUGUCAGCGCUCAGCGAGCAGGGGUCCUACGAGGAGCAGCAGCAGCGCCUCUACCAGCUGGCGAGCAGCAUGGGUCUGCCGGGCCACGGUCAGUCCACAGGCUCUGUCUUUGUAGACAUGUUGCGUGCUCGCCAGGAGGCGCUGGCCGCAGCAGUGAGGAACCCUUCUGCCUUAGAAGCCCACCUUCCCUCGGCGGGCAGCUCCUCUUCAUCCAGUCAGAGACGCAAGCAGGGUCUCCCGCAGCACCGGGACGCACAUUACACAGACAGAGAACUGUCCCACCCACCACCCCUACUGUCCCCUCCAACCGGCCCUCACAUCGCCUUAGGACAUCACCUGCGGCCCCCUUUCCUGGGCAUGCCCUCUGCCCUUUGCCAAGCCCCCGGUUAUGGUUUCCUUCAACCAGCCCAAGCUGAGCUCUUUGCCCGGCAACAGGAGAUGCUGCGGAAGCAGAAUCUGGCCAGACUUGAGAUGUCGGCGGAGCUGCUGAGACAGAAAGAGUUGGAGAGUCUGCACCAUCGGCAGCAGCAGCAUCGUCUGCUGGGCUCCGACCAUUUAGGAGUUCUACCCCCCGGCCUCCCCCCCGACCAUCCAGCCCUGCGGAGCCUCCACGACAUCCCAGAAGGCCAUCCGCUACGCGAGGAGCUGGCCCGACGCUCAAAUGCAAUGUUGGUGCUUCGCCAUGGGGCCUCCACCCCCCUACUCACCCUCAACCACCACCACCAGCAUCAACAGCCAGGACCCCCGUCCACACCCAAAGACUCCCUCGCACAGAGAUCCACUGCUGGGCCAGAAGCUGAAUCCAGGAAGCCCCCCCGCAGGGCCCCCCAGACGCCGCUCCAUGCUGGGGAUCACGCAGGAGGAAGAGAGGACAGAGGGAGGGAGGGGCAGGAUGAGGAGAUGAAGGACUCAGACAGUGAAACAGAGAUGUGUGAGGAGAGGGAGGACAGCGCCGGGGCCAGGUCCAGCAGUAAACCCAGAGACAGGGAGACAGAGGGGGGGAGAGAGAGAGGCAGCAAGGGAGUGAGUGCCAAAGACCCUGCAGAGAGCUCCGGCAGGCUGAGCCCCCCGUGCGGUUCAGCAGGUACAGAGUCUCCCAGCAGGCACCUCUUCACCUCCGGACUGGGCAAGGCUGACGUCAAGUACCACCUGCCGCCAGGCUUCAUGCCCCCCCUGCCUGCUCUGCACGCCCAGUCUCUGCCCUUCGGAUUCCCCUACACCAACCCCUACUUCCACACGGGCUCUGUGGGAGGUCUUUUCAUGGAUGGAGAGGACUCGGCCACAGCGAACCCUGUGGAGGACAUCAGCAAGUGGAGUGUGGAGGACGUGUGCGGCUUCAUAAGCAGCCUGGCUGGGUGUGCUGAAUACACACAGGUGUUUCGGGAGCAGGCCAUUGAUGGAGAGACAUUACCGUUACUCACGGAGGAGCACCUGCUCACCACCAUGGGACUAAAGCUGGGGCCGGCGCUCAAGAUCCGCUCACAGGUGGCGCGGCGUGUUGGCAGGCUUUUCUACAUGACUGGAUUUCCGCUGGCUUUCCCAUUUCCGCCUUCUGCUGCACUGCGCCCCCCUGAACGUGAUCGGGACCCUAUUACAACGCCAUCUGACACGCCCCUACCUCUCUCUUUGUCCCUGCCCUGCAGACCCACCUCCACCAGCAGCAGCUCUUCUCCAUAUCGUGGCCCCACCCCAGGGUGCUCUUCACCCAAGCAGGAAAAUGGCUCCGUGGUCAUGGGGAGAUACGAGGCCAAAACUCCUUCGUAGGAGAGGACAUGCAGGGGAGGGGAGGGGAGACCUGCCUCGGAGAGAUCUCUGCCAGACCCCCCCACCUUGGGACCUUUAUGCUGAACUUGAGGGGGCAAUAUUGGACUGGAAUAACAGACAUUUUAAGCGUAUCCGACAAACCAAUCAGCCUCUGAGCUCCUCUGCGGUGGCUGUAGCCGAGCAGAAUCCAAACAAACUGGGUUGGAAGGGAGACACAUGAAGCGACAGAGGGACAGAGGGAAAGGAGACAGCUGGUCACAGACAGCCUGCCAAAAAAAAGGAGCGAAGCUCUGCCACAAAUGCGACAUUCUUGCAAGUCAGACAGUCAGACGCUGGAGGAAACUCUUCCUUCCUUCCUGGGCUGGAGGAAGCUCUUGUCUUUCUCACCACAAGCCCUAUAGAACCCAGGAAUUAAAAAGAGAUGCCGUUCCCCUUUUUUCCUCUCCCUCCUUCCCUCCUCCUGUUUCCUGAGGCAGCGUGGAGCAGUCUUUUUAGAGGCUGGAGUUAAAGCAUACGCUGAGCAGCACUCCACCAGCUCCCUCUUAUCACUGCAACUAUGCAUUCCUCUGUCCCGAUACCAAAGAUGACCGGAUGUGUGGAAUUGAAACCAUGUUUCACAACGUGUCUGCUUCUUUCUGCAUUAAUGGUCUCAGAGAAAGACUGGUCCAACAGGGAAGUGCUAGGCCAGCGCCUCUCACCAUGGCCUGUGUUCCAGGUGACACAGCUGUCAUUUACUGACGAACAAAGGCUUAAACAUUUUGGUGAAAUGGAGAAGCCUCAAUGGCGACUUGCGUCAUUGAAUGCUCGUGUUGACUACUGUGGGAGGUAGGAUAAACAUGCAAAAUUGUACAGAAUCAUGCUUAAAGAUGAAAAUAUCCUGAAGGUUACAUACGUGGUACUUUUACUUUUUGUUAAAUGUAGUUGCACGAAAAAGGUUUUCUUUACUAAAGAAAAAUGUGACUUGCUGAACUUUGGUACUUUUGUUCAUACUCUUGUUUUGCCAUUUCUAAAAGUGUAAUAUUAAAAUAUGUUCCAAUCUCAAAUGCUACUUCAGCAUAUAAAUAUGAGGAAAAAAAAUAUUUAUAGGACUUUUGAUGUAGUAGAUAAAGCAGAUUAUAAUAUGUAUUAUAAUUAGCCCUUAAGAUGGAUCCCAAAGAUACUUUUACUUUGUUUUCUCUUGGUUGCAGGGAAGACAAAGGCACAAAGCUCUUAAUGCAAAUGUUUUGAAUUUGUUGUUUUUUUAAUUUCUACGCAAGCAAUGAAUUAAAAAAAAUGGUCUCUAGAUUUCCCUUCAAAAGUUUUGUCUUCAUUCUAUUUUUCUAUUCACCACACAGGUGAAAUAAAUCCUACAGAAAUUC